AUGUCGGAUGGAAAGCGAGAAAACAAACGUGGGAACUGGAACAGCUGGUAUGAGUAUCUGUUUUCUUGUAUUGGCUGUCUCGUUGGACUCGGAAAUAUCUGGAGAUUUCCCUACGUCUGUUACAAAAAUGGAGGAGGCGCUUUUCUCAUCCCGUAUUUUUUCUUUAUGGCCGUUAGCGCCCUGCCACUCAUGUUACUUGAGAUAUCAUUUUCACAGUUUUCAAAUCUUGGACCGGGUAAAGUGUGGAUAUGCUGUCCUCUCUUCAAAGGUAUAGGUUAUGGUAUGGUAACACUGACUGGCCUAGUCAGUAUCUACUAUAACGUCAUCCUUGCGUGGACACUAUAUUACUUUGGAAUGUCCUUUUCGUCGGUAUUACCCUGGAGUCACUGUGAUAAUGAAUGGAACUCUCCUGACUGUUAUACACGUAUGGGCUUCGUCAAUAAUUCAGUAACAGAUAAUGUCACCCAAACAGCGAUCAACAGGACUGUCAACAGAUCCGCCAUAACAUCAAGUGAAGAAUUUUGGCAGCGAAACGUUCUUGAUAUUUCUGAUAGCAUAGAUACUAUGGGAGGGAUCAGAUGGCAGCUCGGACUCACAUUGCUUGCUGCAUGGCUGGCUGUGUUUCUUUGUCUCAUAAAGGGAAUAAAGACUUCCGGCAAGGUGGCCUAUGUGGCAGCUACGAUUCCUUAUGUUUUUCUCCUGACGCUGUUUAUUCGUGGAAUGACAUUGCCAGGAUCUACAGAUGGCCUUCUUUUUUACCUGAUUCCUAGGUGGUCAGAUCUCGGUAAACUAUCGGUAUGGGGCGACGCGGCUGUCCAGAUGUUCUACUCGGCAGGGAUAGGAUGGGGUGGUAUGGCCACACUAGCUAGCUACAACUCCUUCAACAACAACUGUUACAGGGAUGCCAUGUUACUUCCCCUGGUGGAUGCGUUGACAAGCUGGUUUGCCGGAAUGGUGAUAUUCGCUACCCUUGGUUACAUGGCCAACCAGGCUGGAGUACAUAUUGGAGAUGUAGUAGCAAGUGGCCCCGGUAUAGCGUUCAUGGUUUACCCAGAAGCUUUGUCAACACUUCCGCUUCCGCAACUCUGGUCUUCUCUUUUUUUCCUGAUGUUGUUUACAGUCGGAUUGGACAGUCAGAUGGUCCAUGUUCAGACAAUCACGGGAAUGUUUACUGACAACUUCCCAAUUUUCCGGAGCAGGAAUACAAUACUUACUGCAUGCGUGUGUUUGAUUGGGUUUCUCCUCGGAAUACCGUGUAUUAUGCAGGGAGGUAUUUACGUGCUGACGUUGAUAGAUUGGUACUGUGCCAGUGUCUCCGUGAUGUUCCUUGCCCUCCUCGAAGUAACUGUUAUCGCCUGGAUAUAUGGAUGUGACCGCCUGUUAAAAGACAUUGAAAUGAUGAUCGGUUAUAAACCAAAUCCUCUCUGGAAUGUUAUGUUGAGAUUUAUAGCACCAGCAGUGAUCGUCUUCAUUUCGGUAUUCAGUGCUGUGAAACUUGAACCAGUGGAAUAUGCCAAGCAGAGUUAUCCUGACUGGUCCGUUGGUGUCGGCUGGAUAAUAGCAAUUGCUGCCCUUGUCCCGAUACCUAUGAGCAUGUUUCGUGAACUGUACAUAAGGAAAGGAGGGAUGAUGGAGCGCAUUCGGGCUAGUACACAACCAUCCCCGGACUGGAAACCGGCUGUCUGCCAGGUAAACGGAAACACAGAAGCACUAGAUUACAUCACGGUUCCGUCCCAACAAGAGGAUUAA